AGAGUUAAGUCUAUGACGUAAUCUUUUGGGUUUUGCAGCGAACUAUAAAUUUAGUAGUAAGAAAAGCGUGUUGCGCAGAAUCAUUUUCUUGUGAGACAGCUAUGGGUAGACGCUGCUACUUUUGGAUAUUCGCUCUUCUCCAAAUUACAUGUGCCGUUUCAAAUUCUUGCGAUUGGCGCUAUUACCUUUACUACAAGGAAAAAAACUGCAUUCCUAUUUUAGGAAACGAUGGAUGUCCUGUGAAGUUCCGAUGUUCACCUAUACUUGAGGAUAUUCGUUUAAUGUGUUUUCAUGGCGGCAAAUACUAUGCUCCCGGGGAUUAUCUCCAAGAUAUUGGGUCGUGCGCUACUUGCGAGUGUCACAAUCAUCAGAAUGGUGCUUAUGUCUCCUGCUCGAAAGAUGUAUGUAGUGACAGUCUUGUUAUGCGCAAUCAGUCUUGCUAUGCGUAUUAUAAACCUGGAAGUUGCUGUCCUGAGGAAAACUGUCCUCGCCUUGAUGAUUCAGACUCAAUUACGGGCUGUACGUAUAUGGGAGUAUCGUACAAAUUUGGAGACAUCAUGAAAACAAAAGAUCCAUGUAAAGUAUGCAUUUGUUCAGAACAGUGGUCUAAUGAAGAUGAAUGUCAGAACAUCAACUGCUUAGAGCCCAUAUAUGGCUUUCACAUCAGGAAUGGAUGCCUGCUUAUAUUCCAAGAAGAUGUAUGCUGUUUCAUCUCGAUAUAUUGUGGCACUAUCUACACUAAAGACCCUAAAGUCCCCAUCACGUCAAACACAGAAGAUUUGUGUCUAUAUGGAGGAGAAUAUUACGAGCGUGGAACUGUAGCUUUUCUAAAUGAUGAUCCAGAACAGCUCACUACAUGCACAUGUAAAGUACCUCCAGAUUUCACAUGCGUCAGAAAAGCUUUUUACCGAAACCAAUAAGGAAAUGUAGAGUUCAUUAUCCAAAAUAUGAAUAAGUAUCGAGCACAAAAUUAAGCGUGUUAGCUGUCUCCCAAAUUUCUUCAAAUUCCAAUAAAUGCUUCACAAAAUUAUCA